GGAGCAGGUACUCAAGGUGUAUGAGCUCCGCGACGACCAUUUUCAAAACAAGAGAUGUUGAUUUCUGCAUCGGCAAACGUGCGUCGAUGUAAUUUAGUAUUGGUACGGCGUUUGGUGGGUCCUGGCAUACCGCCUGGCAAUCCAAACACUGGCACACUUUCCUCCCCACUAUCAUCAUACCAUCCACUUCCAUCAAAACCGGCUAAUACUAGCAGAAGCACUACCGUAGUGACAUGAGCACUAUCUUCAACGGUGAUUCCCAAAUGGAGGUCAUCACUGUGCUUGCCAACUGCGGGACUGACACUGACAAGGCUAGGCAAGCUCUUACAAGGUACAUAGCACGAAAGCAAGAGAAAGGAAGACCGACAGAACACAUUUUGAAAAAAUUGCGGCAACUGGAAUUGAAAUUCAUCAAUGACAUCACUUUGCACACCGCUUUCCGAGAUGCUAGAGCAACUACCUGCCUUCCACGAUCACCCGAUGUACCCCUACCCGACUUUGUCCGCCGUGAUUCGGCUCGCCUUGACAGUCGUCAGAGCGUUUCGCUCCUGCAAGACCUUGCAACUCCAAGUCCUGGUCCCUCCUCCCCAAAAAGCUGGGUACAAUCGUCUUAUUCGUCCAUUCAACAUGGAGGCCCCUCCAUAAUAGAGGAGGAUUGGAUACAACCCGAGGAGGCUUUGUACAAGACUUCGUUGAGGACACAUUCGCUGCCACCCACCAAUGCCCCAGGAAGGUUGCCCGUACUGUCACCGUAUGUUUUUCAAACAAGUUCCGGUCGCUCUCGCUCCUCUACUCUCCCAUCAUCGUCGAUAUCAUCACCAUCUCAUUCUGCAAGAAAACUCCGAACUGCAUUCAUUACUCCACCCCCGACGUCCCCCCUCCCCGAUCUUCCACUAGAUGCAACUGACGGCCAUGAUUCGCAUAUUCCGCAAUUUAACUUGCCUCCGCCGGCCAAUAAUCGACCCUUUUCGUCUGACUCCAAGAGCUCUUCUAGUUCGCAUUCUAGUCAUCCAAGACCUCGUACACCUGUGAUGUUCUAUCCUGAAUUCUCUUUACAAUCAUCUACGAUCACUCGAGGCGAAAUCAGUCAUCCACCACAGACGGGAAAAGAUCUACCCCAUCAACCGCUUGUCAUCAUGGAACAUUGCCCUUCGGAGACGGACAUUCCUAGCAUGUUUUUACCCAGCCGGGAAGGUUCUUAUAACGCAUCUGAACACUCAGGGGCCGACUUUCCCGCUCCCUAUCGCGAUUCGCCUAUACUUCGCGAACGGUCUACCAGUCAUAACCAUAAUUUCAGUUUUCAGCUAGACAAUGCUCUGCGGCUGUGCAAUGCUUCUCAUGUUGUUCGCCGUGAGGUAAAGCAGUGCCUCGAGCAAGACCGAGGAUACGAGCAACAUAACUGGACGAUAGUCUUGCAGGAAUGUGGCAUAGCCGAAGACGAUAUUCCAUUCCUUCUGAACGAAAUGGCUCGGGAAGUGGAGUUCACGGCAAAUAGGGUGUGAUCCCAUGGUAGUUAUACCCUUUAUCUUUAUUUUUAUCUUUAUUUGUUGCAUAUACACGGGUUGCUUGUGUUCCGCUGGUUUUUCAUCUGAUGCGGAGUUUGUAGUACUUUUGGGUUCGGUACCAACAAUGUUUGGGUGAGUUGUAGUUUAACUGUAUGUUGCGUUCAACUGUAGUUAGAGACCAGUUCUGCUGGCUAAAAAGCAUUGAUUAUACCCUAUGGAAUAUCUUUGCCCGAUAUCAGCCAACAUGGGGGAAACAUAAUUUGCUGGAGUACUCUGUAGCACAAUCUACCCUCCAACUUCGACUGUUGUACUGACGAAAACGAUCUGACGCGAAGGCUCCUGUGAGGUUGGGCUGAGUCCGAGUGUUAGCUCGGGCUGGACGCUGAAGGAUUGAGCCGCUGGGUGGGCGGGCAAACGAACAGCGAUUUGUGUGGAGCCUUGCG